AGUGGUUGAAUGUGUGAGGGAGCGUGUGUUUACAUCACCUGUCAAAUUGAUGAGUAUUUAAAUUUCGACUUACAAGGUACGAUUACUUACACGUUAAAAUAUGUGUGUUGUUAUACAAUAUGUCAUUUCAAUGUAAGAGAUUGCAAGUAUUGUGGAGAACAUGAUCACAACAACGUACAGUAGCUAGAAAAUGUGUAACAACAACAGCUAGAGUUAGCAGUACAGCUAGCGAUGCAAAAUACUGUUACCGCUAUCUGGCUGGCUAGUUAGCUAAUGUUAGCUAGCUAAUCCAUAUGCAUUAUAGCUGGCUUGUUAGCCGAUUAUCAGUCAACGUUAGCCAGUCAGCCACACUGUUAGUUAGCUGAAUGCCUAACGUUAGCUACAGUAGCUAGCUUAUGUUCAUUAUGUAGCUAGUAAGCUAGCUACUGUAGCUAGCUACCUAGCACAAAAUUGGCUAGCUAUCAUAGAUGAAACAAUAAAUGCUUAGUUAUGCGCAUUAUUCAGCACUGUACUAGUUCACUACCCACUCUACCUGUGUGUGUGUGUUUUACACGUAGUGAACAAUGUGUUGUUGUUUGUUAACUCUGUUUGCAUGUCAACAAUGCUGUUGAUCAGAUUUAAGUUUAAAGCUCAGAGCAGUGUGUGUGUGUGUGCGCGCGAGCAUGCGUGUAUGCUGUAUGUGUGGGCUGUACGUGUGUGUGUGUGUGUGUGUGUGUGUGUGUGUGUGUGUGUGUGCGCGUGUACUGUGAGUCUCAUCCCAACGGGAGGUAGUCGGUGCUCCUUUCUGCUCACAGGCAGAGGGUCCAAUUAGGCCGUCAGGUCUUCAGGGCACACACACACACACACACACACACACACACAGGUGUCCAGGGAAGGGACCAGAACAGGAGGAGAAGAGAGAGGGAGUCUAUCCAUAGUACCAUCUAUUUACUCCUGCUGCUGCUAGCCCCUGGACAUGAACCACCACAGCAGGGGCCUGGGCCCUACCCUUGAGGGCUAGCAAAGUCACUGGGGCUGGGGGGUGAGGUAGCUUGUUGUUUUGGUGUGAGGGAGAGAUAAAAAGAUAACGAGAGGGAGGGGAAGGAAAGAAGGGGGAUGGGGUAGAAGAGGGGAGUAAGCCAGAGAGAAAGGUGAAAGGUGUGUUUGAUAAAUAUUUGCUUGUCAGUGUUUUCCCCUCUGUGUUUGUUAGUAAUGUUUUGACCAGCCCCCACACUGUGCUUUUGGUUCUUCUAUCCUCUGUAUGUCUCUGUCUUUCCCUCCAGGACCAAACCCACAGACUCUCACUGAAGCGAUUACGGUAGCCACCAACAGGACGGACUCUCUGGUAACUGACCUUUUGCAGGUGAGUGCGGGUCUCUCUGGCCAGGAAAGGUGGAUAGCUAUUUGCACAAAGUUUAAAUGCAUGUCUUCCAUUAUAUGUUAUCUCUGUAUUUCCUUCACGAGAUCGAAACCGUACUCUGUUGUAACUCAAGGUUUAGCCUGUAGAUGUGUUUUAGUUGAUGUAUUUUCCAUCAAGGUGUGUGUGGUUUUAAUUGGUGCUGAACCACUACCCUAGUGGGAGUCUCUCUCUCUUCUGGGACUAGAAACCCACUGAGGAUAUAAUACUGGAGAGAACAGUAGGCCUAUAUUAUAAAGAGAGUGCAGUACAUGAGGAGAGGGGUGGUCUAGAGAACACUUUAUCAGGCUAUUAGUGAUCAAAUAAUUGGCUACAGUCAGUAUUUAUGGUGGGCUGUCACACUUGAGUAAGCAGUUUGGGAUCCACAAACGUAUGGCUCAGUGUUUAAUACUAUCCCCUUCCUGUGUCUUUUUCACCUUCUCUUCCAGUGGAAUAACUCUUGAACCAUGAGCUCUGUGGCUGUGUUGACCCCGGAGAGCUUUGCUGAGCACCGCAGUGGGAUCAAAGACCAGGAGAUGACAGGUAUUAUACUGAUCUGGGACCAGUGGAUAGACUCCUAUUUAUUCACCCUUAUUGGAGUUGCCAACAACCGGAUGCAUAUUUGAAUGCAACCUUUGGACAAGAAAACGCAUUUAGGCUUUAGCUAAGUCUGUAUGGAUUUUGGAUUGUGUUUUGUGUGACGGUUUGGCUUUUUCUGCCUUUGAGGUUGCAUGAAUCUCUCUUUCUGCCUUUUUCUACCUCUCUGUUUCCAUGUCUCUGUCUCUCUCCAUCCGUCCACCCCUCCCCUCCUUCAAGGUGGUGUACCCGAGGAUGAAGCCUAUAUCCCCACCUACCUGGAGGCCUUCCCUCCCCUCCCUGAGAAUAAGGGCGCUCCGGGGGACAAGUCUGGAGAGCCUGCCGGGGUGUGGGGCUCCAAGAUCAGACCCAUCAAAGCCUCUGUCAUCACCCAGGUAACGCGCACAUUCGCACAAGCACACGUACACACGGUCUGUUUUGGCCUCACCAUCACACCACCUUCUCGUUCCUCCCCCUCUCCUUCUCCCAGGUGUUCAACGUACCCCUGGAGGAGCGGCGCUACAAGGACAACAGCCAGUUUGGCGACGGGGGCGAGGAGGCCAAGGUGUGCCUGGACAUCAUGCAGCGGACGGGGGCUCACAUCGAGCUGUCGCUGGCCAAGGACCAGGGCCUCUCCAUCAUGGUCACUGGGAAACUGGACUCUGUCAUGAAGGCCCGCAAGGAGAUCGUGGCUCGGCUGCAGACACAGGUUCAGAUUUUAGUUCUUCUAUUUUCUCCUUUUGUUUAUAAACCCAAUCGCCAUCCCCAGGUGCAGAACUUUAUAAAUGCUCUCAAUAUUCAGAUUAGGGUUGGACGGUAUAUCGAUGUAAUAUCGAUCAUAUUUAUCGUUAUUGCGAUAUACAUUCGCGUUUAUCUCUCUCCAUCCAUCCCUCCUCCCCUCUCCCCUCCCUCCACCCAUCCUCCCCUCCCUUGUUCCCAGGCUUCGGCCACGGUGGCCAUCCCCAAGGAGCACCACCGAUUUGUGAUCGGUAAGAACGGUGAGAAACUCCAGGAGCUGGAACUGAAGACAGCCAGUAAGAUCGCCAUCCCCCGAUCUGACGACCCCAGCCUCAACAUCAGGAUCACAGGCACCAAGGAGGGCAUCGAGAAGGCUCGUCACGAGAUACUGCUGAUAUCAGCCGAACAGGUCAGAGGGGGCCAGGGGUCAAAGUGCUGGUGAUGAUGAUUAUGAAGAUGCUUCGGUUUUCAACAAUAUGUUAAUUCUUUUUAUAUACUAAUUAUUAGGGCCAGGACGAUGCCAAUAUCGCGACACUCGUUAGUAUCCUGGCAAGGGGAAAAAAACACGAAGUGGCUUUAACUUCUUUAGGAAAACAGCCCUAAUGUUGGAAACAAACAUCAUUAUGUUGUCAUCCAGAGUCACAUUUAUUUAUUUUCCAAGCUAUAGCACACACUAUUUUACAUACAGCAGGUUUUUAAAGGACAAAAAGAGUUUGGUCCGCUUUGUGUUUUUAUUUUUGCCAUGGAAAAAAUAUUGCGAUACUGGUAUCAUCACAGCCCUACUAAUGAUAUGGCAUGAAACCCAAACAAAAAGACCCAGAUUGAUAUGGUUAUGUAUGGUGUAGAUAUGAUAUGUGUGUGUGUGUGUGUGUGUCAGAUGCAAUACUUGAUCGUUUCUAUAUUUCUCCAUCUCCUGUCCUCCAGGACAAGCGAGCAGUGGAGCGUCUCUCCCUGGAGAAGGUGUUCCAUCCGUUCAUCGCCGGGGCCCACAACCGUCUGGUCCAGGAACUGUGCCAGGAGACGGGGGCCCGCAUCAGUAUCCCCCCGCCCAGCCUGCACAAGGACGAGAUCGUCAUCACCGGGGAGAAGGAGGCUGUCGCCCUCGCCAUCAGCCGCAUACGGGCCAUCUACGACGAGAAGGUGUGUGUGUGAGAGAGAGAGAGCUGACCCGAACUUGACGUCACCACAUAAUAUCUAAGCAAAUGUAUCACUGAAUGACAUUGGCUUACCUUUUGUCACUGUUUGAUGUCAAAGUUGGGUUUGAGAGGGAGCGGGUUGCUUAGGAACCACAAUAAAAAAACCUACACAGGCAUGCUAGCUAUCCACUGUAGGAACCUACAAAACAGCAGGAAGUAGUCAGUCAGUCAUAGAACAUCAACACAAAUUGAUUUUUCUCCCUCUGUAUGUGCCUGUGUGUGCACGCCUGUUCAAAACGCACCAGCCUGGGGGUGUUGUGGUUGAUGCUGGUCUGUAUGGAUCUGUGUGUCUUCGUCUGUUUCUGUGAAACUGUGUCUGUGUUAGACAAUAGAGGUUCAUGGUGAGGGAUGGAGGGAGGGAUGGAUGGAGAGAACCAUGGAGAGGGAUACAUUGUGGAGCUGUAGUGGGUUGAUGAUACAGAGCAGGCAGAGAUAAUGGGUGUGGAUUCUAGUGGAAUAGAAAGACAACAAGAUGGGAAUGCUAAUGUUAUUUUACUGCAUAAAACUGUACUGUAUCUGAGACUAGCUCUCUCUCUCUCACACGCACACUUCGUCUCUCUUUUAUCUGUCACUCUCAAUCUCUUUCCUUUCUCCUCUGUCACCCCUCCAUUUUCCUCCCCCUCACCUCCCUCUUCCUCCCCCUCUCCUUCCCUCCAUCCUCCAGAAGAGAAAGACCACCACCAUCUCAGUGGAGGUGAAGAAGUCGCAGCAUAAGUACAUUGUGGGACCUAAAGGCAACAGCCUGCAUGAGAUCAUGGAGACCACAGGGGUUUCUGUGGAGAUGCCCCCGCUGGACUCCGGCUCGGAGACUAUCAUCCUGAGGGGCGAGCCGGACAAGCUGGGACCUGCACUCACACAGGUCUAUGCCAAGGUGAUUGGAGGAGAAGGAGGAAGUGGGAGAGGAGAGGAGUAAUUAUCUUGUUUGCUGAUUGGUUGUCUGGUACACUAUGUGAGAGAGAGAGAGCUAUACAGCGUGUGCGUGUCUGAUCCCAAUUGCCUCUCUGUCUGCAGGCCAAGAGUGUGAUGGUGGUGGAGGUGACGGCCCCGGCCUGGCUCCAUCGCUUCAUCAUCGGAAAGAAGGGACAGAACAUCGGACGCAUCACACAGCAGCUACCCAAGGUGAGAGAGAGAGAUGAAAGGAGGGACUGAUGGGGGCAGAGAGGGAGAGAGAGAUGAAAUUAUUCAAAAUAAAAUUGGAGAGCGAGGCGGGAUAGGGGGAGAGAUGGAGGGUUGUGGCGAAAUAUUUGGUUGUGGCCAGAAACAUGACUUUAUACAGUACCAGUCAAAAUUCUGGACACACCUACUCAUUCAAGGGUUUUUCUUUAUUUUUUACUAUUUUCUACAGUGUACAAUAAUAGUGAAGACCUCAGAACUAUGAAAUGACACAUGGAAUCAUGUAGUAACCAAUUUUAGAUUCUUCAAAGUAGCCACCCUUUGCCUUGAUGACAGCUUUGCACACUCUUGGCAUUUUCUCAACCAGCUUCACCUGGAAUGCUUUUCCAACAGUCUUGAAGGAGUUCCCACAUAUUCUGAGCACUUGUUGGCUGCUUUUCCUUCACUCUGGGGUCCAACUCAUCCCAAACCAUCUCACUUGAGUUGAGGUCGGGUGAUUGUGGAGGCCAGGUCAUCUGAUGCAGCACUCCAUCACUCUCCUUCUUGGUCAAAUAGCCCUUACACAGCCUGAAGGUGUGUUGGGUCAUUGUCCUGUUGAAAAACAAAUGAUAGUCCCACUAAGCGCAAACCAGAUGGGAUGGCGUGUCGCUGCAGAAUGCUGUGGUAGCCAUGCUGGUUAAGUGUGCCUUGAAUUCUAAAUAAAUCACGACAGUGUCACCAGCAAAGCACCAUCACACCUCCUCCUCCAUGCUUCACGGUGGGAACCACACAUGCGGAGAUCAUUCGUUCACCUACUCUGCGUCUCACAAAGACAUGGCGGUUGGAACCAAAAAUCUCCAAUUUGGACCAGACCAAAGGACAGAUUUCCACCAGUCUAAUGUCCAUUGCUCGUGUUUCUUGGCCCAAGCAAGACUCUUCUUCUUAUUGGUGUCCUUUAGUAGUGGUUUCUUUGCAGCAAUUCGACCAUGAAGGUCUGAUUCAUGCAGUCUCCUCUGAACAGUUGAUGUUGAGAUGUGUCUGUUACUUAAACUCUGUGAAGCAUUUUUUUUGGGCUGCAAUCUGAGGUGCAGUUAACUCUAAUUAACUUAUCCUCUGCAGCAGAGGUAACUCUGGGUCUUCCUUUCCUGUGGCGGUCCUCAUGAGCCAGUUUCAUCAUAGCGCUUGAUGGUUUUUGCGACUGCACUUGAAAAAACUUUCAAAGUUCUUGAAAUUUUCCGUAUUGACCUACCUUCAUGUCUUAAAGUAAUGAUGGACUGUCGUUUCUCUUUACUUAUUUGAGCUGUUCUUGCCAUAAUAUGGACUUGGUCUUUUACCAAAUAGGGCUAUAUUCUGUAUACCCCCCCUACCUUGUCACAACACAACUGAUUGGCUCAAACGCAUGAAGAAGGAAAGAAAUUCCACAAAUAUUAACUUUUAACAAGGCACACCUGUUAAUUGAAAUGCAUUCCAGGUGACUACCUCAUGAAGCUGGUUGAGAGAAUGCCAAGAGUGUGCAAAGCUGUCAUCAAGGCAAAGGAUGGCUACUUUGAAGAAUCUCAAAUAUAAAAUAUAUUUUGAUUUGUUUAUUUAAUAGUUUUGAUGUCUUCACUAUUAUUCUACAAUGUUGAAAAUAAUAAAAAUAAAGAAAAACCCUUGAAUGAGUAGGUGUGUCCAAACUUUUGACUGGUACUGUAUAUUUAGGUGGUCAACAACAACAACAAUAACACCACAUACCCGCCUGGGAAAUGCUUGGCUCAGACACAUGUUUGUCAGUAGCUCUACUAGUCUGACCUAGGGUACACCCUAUCUCUAUAUAGUGCACUACUUAUGGAUUACUUUGAAAAAGCCUGAUAUACCUGCUGCUCUCCAGGGAUUGGAGCUCUUUAUGUCCCUAGCUACAUUGAGACACACUUAGCUCACUGAGCUGACAUAUGGAGGGUGCCAGAACCAGAUGACCCCUUUAAGUGGCUUGACCCCUGACCUUUAACCCCUGUGUGUUUAGGUUCACAUUGAGUUCACAGACGGCGAGGAGCGGAUCUGCCUGGAGGGCCCCACGGAGGAGGUGGAACAGGCCCAGGUUCAGAUACAAGACAUCAUCAGAGACCUGGUGAGUUUGAGCCCCACCGCAGAGCUGCAUGACAGCACCUAGUUCCCACCGCAGAGCUGCAUGACAGCACCUAGUUCCCACCGCAGAGCUGCAUGACAGCACCUUGUUCCCACCGCAGAGCUGCAUGACAGCACCUUGUUCCCACCGCAGAGCUGCAUGACAGCACCUUGUUCCCACCGCAGAGCUGCAUGACAGCACCUUGUUCCCACCGCAGAGCUGCAUGACAGCACCUUGUUCCAACUGCAGAGCUGCAUUUUAACAUCUCACUCUCACACACACAACUGAUCAAUAUUGAUUUAUCGCUCAAUAAGUUUUGUUCAAAUGACAUCAGCCCAGUCUUAACCCUCCAAAGAGCAAGUACAGGCAACCGUAGCAAAGAGAAACUCCCUAGAUAUGAGGACAUCUUGCAAGGAACGAGACCAUCUACUCUAACAUGUAACCCUGUUUCCUUGUGUUAAGCUGGUGAGGAUGGACUACACUGAGGUCAACAUAGACCAACGCUUUCACAGACACCUCAUCGGCAAGAACGGCGCCAACAGUGAGUACACACACCCGCACACACACACCCAGACCCACACACACACACACCCACACACACACACACACACACACACACACACACACACACACACACACACACACUUUAAAUUAUAUAGUAAUGUAAAUCCCAUGCUGUAUUUUUCAGUUAACCGGAUCAAAGAGCAGUACAAGGUGUCGGUGUGGAUCCCCCAGGAGCCGGAUCGAAGCGGCCUGGUCCGGAUCGAGGGGGACCCCAAGGGGGUGCAGCUGGCACGCAGGGAGCUGAUAGAGAUGGUACAGAGGAUGGUGAGGACAGGGGGUAGUAGGGGGGUGCCAACCUCUCCCAUUAAUUUGGGAUAAUGGCCUGGCAACUUGGAUGAAGUCCAUAUUCAGUGGUGACAACUGUCCUUUUCCCUGGGCAGGAGAAUGAGCUUACAAAAGACUUGAUUGUGGAGCAGAAGUUCCACCGCACCAUCAUCGGCCAGAAGGGAGAGAAGAUCAAAGAGGUUCGGGAUAAGUUCCCAGAGGUAACAAGGUUCUAUUUUUUUUGUCCCUUUAUGAUGUUAGGAAUAUAACUUCCCAUUCUAGUGUAAAAUCAGACUUAUUUUGGACGCUCUCUUUCAGGUCAUGAUCAAUUUCCCCGACCCGGCUCAGAAGAGUGACAUUGUGCAGCUGAGAGGGCCCAAGAACGAGGUGGAGAAAUGUGCCAAGUUUCUGGCAAAACUCAUCGCAGACCUGGUACGACCUCACUGAUUCAUGCAUUACUUCCUGUUUACAAUGGACUACUUCUUGGUUACUCACCUCUCCUUUGUUUUUCUCUCUCUCAGAUAGAGAACAGCUUCUCACUCUCCGUCCCCAUCUUCAAACAGUUCCACAAAAACAUCAUCGGCAAAGGAGGUGCCAACAUCAAAAAGGUGAGAGAUUACAUUUGUGUGAAGUCAAAAAGCUGGAUUUGAAGAGUAGGACAAAAUAUUGGUCUAUCUUGAUAGUAUCCAUAUAUACAGAGAAGAUUUUCAAUAUAGGUUAUCGGUUACAAGUUUGCCGUUCUUAUGACGUGUGUGUGUGUGUGUGUGUGUGUGUCUCUGCGUGUGUGUGUAUGUGCGUGAGUCUCACAGAUCCGUGAGGAGACCACCACUAAGAUUGACCUGCCUACAGAGAACAGUAACAGUGAGAUGAUAGUGAUCACUGGGAGGAAGAACCACUGUGAAGCAGCCAGAGACAAGAUCCUAGCCAUCCAGAGAGAACUGGUGAGAGAACACUGUGUGUGCAUCUCUCUGUCUCUCUGUCUCUGUGUGUGUUUCCCUUGUCUCUUGCUGAUUCUACUUUUAUUUAUAUCUCUCUGUUUCGCUCUCUCUGUUUUGAUGAUUCAACCAUUCCCCCUCCCUCCCUUCCUUUCUCUCUCCAGGCCAACAUCAAGGAGUCAGAGGUGACCAUCCCAGCCAAGCUCCACAACUCUCUGAUAGGCUCUAAGGGCUGCCUGGUGCGGGCCAUCAUGGAGGACUGUGGCGGGGUGCACAUCCACUUCCCCUCCGAGGGCUCUGGGUCAGACAGGGUGACCAUCAGAGGGCCCGUCGUAGAGGUAGAGAGGGCCAAGAGACAGCUACUACAACUGGCUGAAGAGAAGGUGAGGGAGGGAAGGAGGGAGAGGAGGGAGGGAGGGAGAGGAGGGAGGGGGAGGAGGGAGGGAGAGGAGGGAGGGGGGAGGAGGGAGGGAGAGGAGGGAGGGAGGGAGAGGAGGGAGGGAGGGAGGAAGGGGGAAGGGGGGACAGAAGAGGUGGAGAGGGCCAAGAGACAGCUGCUGAAGGUGAGGGAGGAGGAGGGAACGGAGAAAUAGCAGGCAGGUCUGUCCCCCACUGCUUAAAGAAUUAGGCAGAAUGUGGAAGUAUUGGUUUCACAUUUUUGGGUUUGAUUGAAUAGCACGAGUCUCUUACACCUCUCCUUUUUUCCUUUCCUCUCUUUCUCUCCUCUUUCUGCUCGUUUUACAGCAAGUGAACAACUUCACGGCGGAGCUGCAGGCCAAGCCGGAGUACCACAAGUUCCUGAUUGGAAAGGGCGGGGUCAACAUCCGUCGUGUGCGGGACAGGACGGGCGCUCGCAUCAUCUUCCCGUCUCCAGACGAGCCGGAGCAGGAGCUCAUCACCAUCGUAGGCAGGGAGGAGGCCGUCAGACUAGCCCAGAAAGAACUGGAGACACUCGUCAAAAACCUGGUACUAGUCCGGAUGAUUUUUGUUGAACAGAGUCAUGCUCGAUAGGGAGAAACAGAAGCAAGAGCUUUAAACAGAGGAGCUAGUCGAGUACCUUAACAUGUUCAAGAGAGAUAUGAAACUGUGGAUAUUAACAGGAUAUAGAAAGGGAAGUUGAAAUUAUUUUGGAAAGAGCUUUUAUUGAUUUGAAUGCAUUAUAUAUAUUUUUUUGUUUGUCUUUAAUUUACAAAGCUCAGCGGCGUGCUAACUACAUUAUUUUUCUACCCCUCUGUCUUACUGAUCCCCCAUCUUCCUCCUCUCCCUCAUAUUCCUUCCUCCUCCUCCCUGUCCCUUCUCCUCCCUCCCCGCUCUCUCUCAGGAUGACAUGGUGGAGGACAGCAUGGUUGUGGAGACGCGGCACCACCGGCACUUUGUCUGCCGGCGGGGCCAGGUGUUGAGGGAACUGGCGGAGGAAUACGGCGGCGUGGCGGUCAGCUUCCCCCGCACCGGGACUCACAGCGACCGCAUCACACUGAAGGGGGCCAAGGACUGUGUGGAGGCAGCCAAACUAAGAAUUCAGGAGAUCAUAGAGGAUCUGGUAGGUACUAGGUUGGUGUGUGUUGGGAGGGAGUGUGUGUGGGGGUCUGGGGUUGUGUGUUCGAUUUAUGUUUAUAAUGUGUUCUGAAGUGUGUAGCCUUGAUUGAUUUAAACUCAAGCCGAUAUGUAAAAUAGUUGGUAAUACCACAUGAACGACAACUCAGUACAGUAGCAAACAGGGGUUUUGUUGCCCGUUGUCUGAUGGAUAGCAUGACAGACUUUAUCUGCCUCUGUCAUCAUAAUGGUCAAGUUCCUCCCCGAUUUUACAGAUCAUACAAUGCCUGGAUAGGUAAUUUAAUAUAUCAGCUAACCAAAUGAAAUGAUUUUUAUCAGGAUCCCCAUUGGCCAAUGGCGGCAGCUAGUCUUCCUGGGGUCCGACAUAUAAGGAGAAAGACAUUACAGACAAAAAGACUACAAUUGACACAUUUAAAACAUGAACAUAGACAUUACAGACAUACAUUUAAAACAUGAACAUAGACAUUACAGACAUACAUUUAAAACAUGAACAUAGACAUUACAGACAUACAUUUAAAACAUGAACAUAGACAUUACAGACAUACAUUUAAAACAUGAACAUAGACAUUACAGACAUACAGUGCAUUCGGAAAGUAUUCAAACCCCUUCCCUUUUUCCACAUUUUGUUACAUUACAGCCUUAUUCUAAAAUGGAUUAAAUAGAAACAUUUCCUCAUCAAUCUACACACAAUACCCCAUAAUGACAAAGCGAAAACAGGUUUUUAGAAAUGUUUGCAAAUGUAUUACCAAUAAAAAACAGCUACCUUAUUUACAUAAGUAUUCAGACCCGUUGCUAUGACUCGAAAUUGAGCUCAGGUUUAACUACAACUAAAGACACAAGUUUACACAUUUAAAUGUUAUAGCAAUCUGAUGCCUGACUGCACAGUUGAUGACGUGGCACGUAACCCUUGGUUGAUGCAAUGCAACGCCUGCGCAUCUAGUCGUGCAGGCACUCGACCAUUGUGUAGUCUGUUUUGAUGACCAUCUUCCUCCCUCCAGGAGGCCCAGGUGAGUGUGGAGGUGGCGGUCCCCCAGCGGUACCACAGGGCUGUGAUGGGUCCUAAAGGCUGCAGGAUCCAGCAGAUCACCAGAGACCACGAGGUGCAGGUCAAGUUCCCAGAGAGAGACGACAAUGCCAACAACACAGCAGGUCAGCCAAGGGGGUCUAGACACCAUUUUACAUCAGUUAACCCCCUAAGGUUGAUGUAUGCCCCCCUGGGGAAAUCGAAUUAGCAUAAAACAACAAUCCCCAUAUAAAUCGGUCAGUUUAAGCUAGAGAUAUCUGUUUUUUUUGCAUUGGCUGCGUCUCAAUCCACCGCAUCCGUCGAUGUCGCACUUCCGCAUCUGCGGUGAAACGUGACCGAGCUAGAGCGGUGUUUCUCAGACCAUGAGACAUCUCUCUAUGGAAAGAUGUGACUCUACCGUUUUGCUCUACGACCCCCACAAGCGUCUUGGGACUCGUCUGAAGUCGGUACAGCCGAUCUGACAACUUCUGUCAGUAGCGUCCGAACAGUUUUGGCUACACACUAAUAUGAUCCCUCUGUGGAAAGGUGAGACUCUCACAAACACGUACACUACCGUUCAAAAGUUUGGGGUCACUUAGAAAUGUCCUUGUUUUCGAAAGGAAAGCAAUUUUUCUGUCCAUUAAAAUAACGUCAAAUUGAUCAGAAAUACAGUGUAGACAUUGUUAAUGUUGUAAAUGGGUAUUGUAGCUGGAAACGGUGGAUUUUUUAAAGGAAUAUCUACAUAGGCGUACAGAGGCCCAUUAACAGCAACCAUCAGUCCUGUGUUCCAAUGGCACGUUGUGUUUGCUAAUCCAAGUUUAUCAUUUUGAAAGGCUAAUUGAUCAUUAGAAAACCCUUUUGCAAUUAUGUUAGCACAGCUGAAAACUGUUGUGCUGAUUAAAGAAGCAAUAAAACUGGCCUUCUUGAGACUAGUUGAGUAUCUGGAGCAUCAGCAAUUGUGGGUUCGAUUACAGGCUCAAAAUGUCCAGAAACAAAUAACUUUCUUCUGAAACUCGUCAGUCUAUUCUUGUUCUGAGAAAUUAAGGCUAUUCCAUGCGAGAAAUUGCCAAGAAUCUGAAGAUCUCAUACAACGCUGUGUACUACUCCCUUCACAGAACAGCGCAAACUGGCUCUAACCAGAAUUGAAAGAGGAGUGGGAGGCCCCGGUGCACAACUGAGCAAGAGGACAAAUACAUUAGAGUGUCUAGUUUGAGAAACAGGCUCCUCACAGGUCCUCAACUGGCAGGUUCAUUAAAUAGUACCCGCAAAACACCAGUCUCAACGUCAACAGUGAAGAGGCGACUCCGGGAUGCUGACCUUCUAGGCAUAGUUGCAAAGAAAAAGCCAUAUCUCAGACUGGCCAAUAAAAAUAAAAGAUUAAGAUGGGCAGUCUGAGAUAUGGCUUUUUCUUUGCAACUCUGCCUAGAAGGUCAGCAUCCCGGAGUUGCCUCUUCAAUGUUGACGUUGAGACUCGUGAUGAGCUCCUGCUCCGGCUCGUCUGGAGACGGGAAGAUGAUGCGAGCGCCCGUCCUGUCCCGCACACGACGGAUGUUGACCCCGCCCUUUCCAAUCAGGAACUUGUGGUACUCCGGCUUGGCCUGCAGCUCCACCGUGAAGUUGUUCACUUGCUGUAAAACGAGCAGAAAGAGGAGAGAAAGAGAGGAAAGGAAAAAGGAGAGGUGUAAGACUCAAAACUUUUGAACGGUAGUGUACAUGUUGUUUGUUUUGCAUUAGGAUGCCCACAGGCCUCACAAGACUCAUCUGAAGGUCCCCCGGUACCAGUUGAAAAAAUGAAUGGAAGAUGCAGUAUAUGGAGACUGUUUAGUGCAAAAAAUAAGGGGUUAAAAACAUGUAAAACGAUAACAAAUGUUUCCUGAUCUUUCUUAUCUCUCAAAAAUAGGACAGACACUUCAAAACAAACUUCCUUUAGAUUUUUGUUUGGGGGGGGGCUAUCUGUUGUUCCAUGUAGUGAAUCUCUUAUUCAAUGCAUUUGUAUUGGUUAAUAGCAAUAAGGCCCCAAAACAAUUGUAAUCAAAACAAAUAUUAACUUUUAAGAAGGCACACCUGUUAAUUGAAAUGCAUUUCAGGUGACUACCUCAUGAAGCUGGUUGAGAGAAUGCCAAGAGUGUGCAACGCUGUCAUCAAGGCAAAGGGUGGCUACUUUGAAGAAUCUAAAAUCUAAAAUAUAUUUUGAUUUGUUUAACACUUUUUUGGUUACUACAUGAUUCCAUAUGUGUUAUUUCAUAGUUCUGAUGUCUUCACCAUUAUUCUACAAUGUAGAAAAUAGUACAAAUAUAGAAAAACCCAUGAAUGAGUAGGUGUGUCCAAAUUUUUAACUGGUACUGUAUAUAUUUGUUUUAUACUUCAAGGGGUCUCAAAAUUCAAAAUGAAAGUGUUCUUGUUGCCAUGGUGACGCCGCAGGUCAGGAGCCCCCUCCCCCUCGGGAGAACGGUGACGCCAGCCCGGAGUCGGAGUUUGUCCUUCGCAAGUGUGACAUCAUCACCAUCUCGGGGCGGACGGAGAAGUGUGAGCUGGCAAAGAUUGCCCUACUGGUAGAAACUGUCGCUUUUCUUUCUAUUUUAAGAUGUUCACUUUUCACAUUCUGUUGGGAGAGGGCUGUGUCCAUAUUCUUUUCUCACUCUCUCUCCUUUCACCCUCCCUCCAGGCUCUGGUCCCAGUCACAGAGGAUGUUAAGGUGUCCUUUGAGCUGCACCGUUACAUCAUUGGUCAGAAGGGCAGUGGCAUCAGGAAGAUGAUGGAGGAGUACGAGGUAUGGCGCUCCAUGUCGCUCCUCUGGUGGACAUAUAGAAUUACAGCACUGCCGUUCAAUCUUUAUUGCCGCACACUGCAUUUGAUCAUCAUAGCACUUUUGUAAAGCAAACUACUGUCAUCCCUGAUUCAAUUCUGCAAAUAAUGUAUAUUUUAGGACAAUAACUCAAACGUUAAAUUGGUCUUGAUCAGAUUGCCAUCAAAGGAUGCCAAAAGCAAUAGUUAUUCUACUGUGCCUGUUCUAAGAAACCAUGGGAAAAUCCGACUAAAUUUGACUCUGUACUGUAACUCCCUGUGUGGAACUGGUGUGUGUAGGUGAACAUCUGGGUGCCCCAGCCGGAGCAGCUGUCAGACGUGAUCAAGGUGACAGGUCAGGUGGCCAACGUAGAGCGGGCCAAGCUAGGCCUGCUGGAGAGGGUCAAAGAACUACAGGCUGAACAGGAGGACAGGGUAGGAACACACGCUAAAUAGGGGGACACACACACACACACACACACACACAGUACUGACUAGUUUCUCUCUCUGUCCCUCCAGGCCUUGAGGAGCUUCAAGGUGUCCAUCUCAGUAGAUCCUAAGUUCCACCCCAAGAUCAUCGGCCGGAAGGGAGCGGUCAUCUCUCAGAUCCGCAAAGACCACGACGUCAUCGUCCAGUUCCCUGAUAAAGGGGACGAACAGCAGGUCAGGAGUGUGUGUGUCUUGCUCUGUUCUGUUGCUCUCUCUCUCUCUUCCACCACUCCCUCUCAUCUUUCCUUUAUCCUUUUUGUGUGUUUGCGGUUCGUCUCUCUCUUCUCGCCCCGCCCUCUUCUCCCUCUGUUCUUUCUCGUGUUCCCAUCCUCUCCCCUCUUGUUCCUACACUCCAUACUUCCCUCCUCCCCCUAAUUCUUCUCUCCAUCUCUUGGGCUGUAUUUCUCAUUUACACAUUCACUCUCUCUUAUUCUCUUUCCCCCUCUUCUCCCAGGAUGUGGUGGUGUCUCUCUCUUUCUCUCUCCCGGAUUCUGAUUGUGUUCUCUCUCAGAUGUAUGUGUCUCCUCUUUUUCCCUACCUCCCAGUUUUCUAUUCUUCUCUCCAGGAUGUGAUGUGUCUCUCUGUUCUCCUUCCCUCUUUAUUCUCUCUUCUCUGUUCUCUCUCCCUGGAUGUGAUGGUGAUCUCUCUCUGUUAUUCUCUCUCCCAGGAUGUGAUGGUGAUCUCUCUCUGUUCUCUCUCCCAGGAUGUGAUGGUGUUCUCUCUCCCAGGAUGUGAUGGUGUUCUCUUCUCUCCCAGGAUGUGAUGGUGAUCUCUCUCUCCCAGGAUGUGAUGGUGAUCUCUCUCUGUUCUCUCUCCCAGGAUGUGAUGGUGAUCUCUCUCUGUUCUCUCUCCCAGGAUGUGAUGGUGAUCUCUCUCUGUUCUCUCUCCCAGGAUGUGAUGGUGAUCUCUGUUCUCUCCCAGAGUGAUGGGUCUCUCGCCAUGUGAUGGUGAUCUCUCUCCCAGGAUGUGAUGGUGAUCUCUCUCCCAGGAUGUGAUGGUGAUCUCUCUCGUUUCUCUUCCCGGAUUGAUGGUGAUCUCUCUCUGUUCUCUCUCUCCCAGGAUGUGAUGGUGAUCUUCUCCCAGAUGUGAUGGUCUCUCUCCCAGGAUGUGAUGGUGAUCUCUCCUCUGUUUUCUCUCUUCCCCUCCCAGUUGAUGUGAUGUCUCUGUUUCUCUCCAGGAUUGAUGUGAUCUCUCUGUUUCUCCCAGAUGUCUCUCUUGUUCUCUCUCCCAGGAUGUGAUAGUGAUCUCUGGGUAUGAGCGUAACACCGAAGAGGCGCGGUCAGCCAUAGAGCUGCUGGUGUCAACGCUGCAAGAGAUGGUCAGCCACGACGUGCACCUGGACCCCCGCACACACGCACGCAUCAUCGGGGCCCGCGGCAAGGCCAUCCGCAAGACCAUGGAAGAGUUCAAGGUACGGGUGUGAGGGGGUGAUUGAACACCAGGGUAAAUUAAGGUGUCACAGGUACACACACAACAUUGCAACACACAACCAACAUACACAUUACAAAAAAAGGUUUUUACUUUUUGUUGUAGUACCUCUGGGAAUCAGUUUAACUCUUAUUUUGAAAUGUUAACAACUACAGUAUGUUGUGGAUGCAAAUUAAGGCGUGUUUGUGUCACACUCUGACAUGGCAUGGUUUGGUUUCCCUCCUCUGUCCUGUGUGUGUUUAGGUGGACAUCCGGUUUCCCCAGCCGGGUUCAGAGGACCCAGGCAGGGUGACAGUGACUGGACUACCAGAGAUUGUGGACAACGCCAUAGACCACCUACUCAAUCUGGAGGAGGAAUAUGUGAGUGACGGAGGGAUGGAUGGAUACAAUUAUGAAUAUAUGGAGAAAGCAUGAGAAACUGUAUCUCUGCCUAUGCCACCAUGCAAAGUCUUUCGAUGACAAUGUCUCUCUCUCUCUCUCUCUCCCCAUCUCCCUCUCUCUCUCUUCCUGCUACUUCUUAUUUUACUACUUCCAUCUCUCCAUCAUCCCAUGCUAGAUGUUGAGUGUGACAGAGACCGAGACGAUGGCUGCCUACAUGAAGCCCCCGUCCCGCUAUGGAGGUGGGAGAGGCGGAGGGGGUGGCGACAACAGCGGGGGGGCGGCCAAGGGCUUUGUGGUACGGGACGCCCCCUGGAACGACAAGGUGCGUGUCUGAUUCUUGUCAUUAUACUCUGUCAUCAUCAUCAUCAUCAUGUAGGCCUAUAUCUUUGUCCCCUCAUCAUUAAGUUGUUCUAACGUUGUGUUGUUGUGUGUCUCAGGCUCCUGAUAUGAGCAGUGCUGAGGACUUCCCAACCUUCGGCGCUGGCCUGGCCCCUAAACAGACCUCCGCCUGGGGUCCCAAGAAGUUUUGAGAAGAGAGGAGAGAGGAGAGGGAGAGAACAAACACUGGACAAAUCGAUACUCGCCUUCACCCCUCCGCUUCUCUCGCAGCUAUUACCCUCAACCAACAACCCAGGAAGGCCAGAGGAAAAAAGAGCACAUCCCCCGCUCCCCAUCUCUCUCUCUCUCUCCUCCAUCCCUCUCUCUCUCUUCCAUCCCCCUCUCCCCAUCUCUCUCUCUCUCCUCCAUCCCUCUCCCCUCCAUCCCUCUCUCUCUCUCUCCUCCAUCCCUCUCUCUCUCUCCUCCAUCCCCCUCUCCUCUCUCUCGUCAACAUACAGUGAGGGAAAAAAGUAUUUGAUCCCCUGCUGAU